GAGAUGCAGAUGCGGGCUCGCCGUCCACUGAAAGACGCGUUGGACAAAGCCAAGGCCGCAUCAUCACGUCUGGAAAUCGUGAUGACUUCAGCCAAGAGCAACCUGUCGCAAUGCUGCCUAAGGGGCGGUCAAAGCAACGGAGGCGACUCGAUGCCUAUUUGAGCACUCGCAGCGCCGACUCAAAAUGCAUUCUCAGGAAUCAGGCAUCGUCUACCGAAACACCAUUCAAUAGGUAAACACUCACAAAUCAUCCAAGCUCCAUCAAGUCACACCCUCAGCACAAUGGCACCCACCAGCCUCAACAUGAUGACCUGCCUCUGGUUCGACGGCCAAGCCGAAGACGCCGCCCACUUCUACACCUCCAUCUUUCCCAACUCCAAGAUCGUCACCACCCAGCACUUCCUGGAGGCCGGCAGGGAGAUGCACGGGCACGAGCCGGGCAGCGUCAUGGUGGUCCAGUUCGAGCUCGACGGCCACCGCUUUGUCGCGCUCAACGGCGGGCCGCAGUUCAAGAUCAACGAGGCCAUCUCGUUCCAGAUCGACUGCGACAGCCAGGAGGAGGUCGACUACUACUGGAGCAGGCUGGGCGAAGGGACGGAUACGACCAAGCAGCAGGGGUGCGGCUGGAUCGGGGACAGGUUUGGAGUGUGUUGGCAGGUGGUGCCGAAGCGGCUGAAGGAGAUGAUUGCUAGUGAGGAUAAGGCGGCGGCGGGGCGGGCUAGCCUGGCGAUGAUGGGCAUGUCGAAGUUGGAUAUUGCUGAGCUUGAGAAGGCGUUUAGGGGUUAGGAGAACAGUGGGGUUGAUGACACUCCGAGAUUGCUG